GAGCUCGGGCACUCAGGCACAGCCCCUCCCUUGCCGCCCUGGUCUCCAGCUGUCCAGUGUCCACAGGUGAGCUCACCCUCAGCCGCUGCCCAUGAUGGAGGCCAUCAAGAAGAAGAUGCAGAUGCUGAAGCUGGACAAGGAGAACGCUCUCGAUAGGGCAGAGCAAGCUGAGGCUGAGCAGAAACAGGCAGAAGAAAGAAGUAAACAGCUGGAAGAUGAACUAGCAGCCAUGCAGAAGAAGCUGAAAGGGACAGAAGAUGAGCUGGACAAAUACUCUGAAGCUUUGAAGGAUGCCCAGGAGAAGCUGGAGCUUGCAGAGAAGAAAGCAGCUGAUGCGGAGGCGGAGGUGGCCUCCUUGAACCGCAGGAUCCAGCUGGUUGAGGAGGAGCUGGACCGUGCACAGGAGCGCCUGGCCACUGCCCUGCAGAAGCUGGAGGAAGCUGAGAAGGCUGCCGAUGAGAGUGAGAGAGGCAUGAAGGUUAUUGAAAACCGGGCCCUGAAAGAUGAAGAAAAGAUGGAACUCCAGGAAAUCCAACUUAAAGAAGCUAAACAUAUUGCAGAAGAGGCGGAUAGGAAGUAUGAAGAGGUGGCUCGAAAGUUGGUGAUUAUUGAAGGAGACUUGGAACGCACCGAGGAAAGAGCUGAGCUGGCAGAGUCUAAGUGUUCUGAGCUGGAGGAGGAGCUGAAGAAUGUCACCAACAACCUCAAGUCUCUUGAGGCUCAGGCGGAGAAGUACUCUCAAAAAGAAGACAAAUAUGAGGAAGAGAUAAAGAUUCUGACUGAUAAACUCAAGGAGGCAGAGACGCGUGCUGAGUUUGCUGAGAGAUCAGUAGCCAAACUGGAAAAGACAAUUGAUGACUUGGAAGAUGAGCUCUAUGCCCAGAAACUGAAGUACAAGGCCAUUAGCGAGGAGCUGGACCACGCCCUCAAUGACAUGACUUCUAUAUAACUGUCACCAUUUCUGCUCUGUUCUGGAUCUGCCCCUUUCCUCGGGGAACCCAGUGCCCCGCUCGCUCUGGAUUCCGUUUGGUGGUCCCCAAGGCAUUAGGAUGGGGUCACAAAGCAACUUAUGUCUUCUUUUCCAUCUCCACCCACAUUAAAAUGCUAAGCUGCCGGAAGCCCUGUACCACCCUGCAUCUGUGUCAUUGACAAAGCUGUUGCUGUCCCUAAGAAGGACCCUUGGGCGAGUGAUGUGGAGAACAGCUAUCGUAGGUCCCCCUCCCUAACUUAUGUAUAAUCAAGCCACUUUGUGUCUGUCUGGUUUUUUUUUCUUGACAUUUAAACUUGGGUGGGGCUUGGCGGGAGGUAGGGGGCUCCAUAGUUCAGUGGUAGAGCAGCUGUUUACGUUAUUCAAGGCCCUGGGUUCCAACCCCCAGGUAUCAGUAAAAAAAUAAGUUUGUUAAGCUUGGCUGAGUGGAGUCUGUCAGAGCGCUAGACCAGUAGAGACCCUUUGGAGUAGGAAUUCCAGAGAUGAAACGUCCUCCACUACCAGGCUCUUAAAGCUUCUCCCUGGAGUGUUCACAUUCUCUCUUCAGGUGCUCCUCUGAUACAGUCAGGUUGGGAGACCAUUGAAGUGACUCUCAAUACCAGGUAUUCAGAUAAUCCGUUCUCCGAACACUGAGCAGACCUAUGUUCAUCACUGUUAAAACUGACCAACUGUAGGGCCAGGGUGGUUCCGGUGUCUGCCUUGCAAGGUCCCGAGUUUGAUACCCAGUACCAAAAAACAAAAACAAAACUGACCAACUGUGUCAUCCCAAGUCUCAGAAAAACAGUGAAUAGAAUUCUCAACAGUUUUGUAUUUUCUUUAAACCACUCUUACAAAUUUGAGGCUUGCCAUCAUUUUUCAGCUAGCACGUGCUGGUGGGACAUGAGACAAAUGAUAAAUUACUUACUGGAAAAACUACAUCGAUCUUAUAUAUUUCAAAUAAUAUGCUCAUGCGGGUAAUGGUUUAUUAUAUACAUAAAUUACUAAUAAAAUUACCUCUGGUUAAUAUUUUGGAAUUAUAGGGGGCUGGGGAUUAGCUCAGUGGCACUGCGCCUGCCUCAAAAGCACAAGGGUCCUGAGUUUGAUCCCCAGUACCAAAAAACAAGUGCAGCUCAUAUUUUGGAAUUCUAUAUCAACAUUCUAGAAAGUCGUGUUCCAAACUGGUGGUGUGUGUGGCACUGUGGUGCUGCACACCUGUGACCUGGGAGGGAGGCUGAGGUGGGGCCUUGUAAGUUUCAGCCCAGCCUGGCCAUUCAGCAACUUUACCAAACCCUGUCCCUAAAAAUAAAAAGUGGAGGGGGGACUUAGGUUAGUGUGAAGACCCUGGAUCCAAUCCCUAGUACCACAGAAAAGGAAAAAAGAAACUCCUAUUCUAACUUACGAGGUGGAGAUAGUUCGUUCUGGAAAGCAUAGCUGCCAGUUGUACUAAUCUAAGUAUUCGCGCUUUCCUUUUAGAUAGAUACCCCAAAUAGAAGUUUUCCCUAAUCUGAAACUAAAUCUCAUAUCAAAUUCAGAUACCUUUCUACCAAUACCAUUUCUUCCACCCACAUAGCUUUCGAGAUUAAGGUACAGAUUGAUUUUAUUGAGCUGAUAUACAAUAUAUUGGUGUUUUCUAAAUGUAGAGUGUUAACAUGGGAACAGAAACAAAGAUGGAGGCUCCAUCCCUCCCAUUUGCUCAGAAUCUAAUAAGAGAAGAGCAUGCACAGAGCUAAAGCUCGUGUGUGGUGAGUGCUACAGACAAUAGAGCAUAUGGAAGUUCAGGAGGGAGAGUCCAGUGGGAAUGACUAGGAAAGACUCAUGAAAGAAGACACUCAAUAAACAUGUCCUUCCUAGCUGCUUAGGAAGCCGAGGCGGUAGGAUUCAAAAUUCAAGGCCAGCCUGGGCAAUUUAGUGAAGCCUGUCUCAUAAUGAAAUAACGGGCUAGGGAUGCAGUUCAGUGAGAAAACACUUGCCUGGAAUGUGUGAGCCCCUCAGUACUGAAUUCAAUCCUCAAUGCUGUCCCCAAACAAAACAAAACAAAAACAACUUGCCUCUUCAUUUUCUUGGGUUUCAAAAGAUUGGGUUUUUGAUGAGCAGAAUUCAGUUGAGAAAUAGUAGAUAUUGAGCAUUCUUUUAUUAAAGAGAAAAAAUAAUAAAGGAAUUAAUGGGAGCGGGAAGGGUAGAUUGAGAGGUCGGGGCAGGGUGUGUUCUAAUAUCAGGCCAGUUGGUUUUAAUUUCAUUUGGUAAGUGAUGUCCAUGCCACUGGGAAGUUUGAAACAGGCGUGCGUCAUGAUGUGAGUACGACAGAAGUGGGAAUCUGGUGGCUAAGUUGAGAUUGUAUCAGAAAGGUAGCACAUUAGCAAAGUGAUGGGCAAACAUGAUGACUCCCAAGUUCCAGCCACAGGCCAUCCAUUUUUAGCCAUGUUUGCCAUAUUUACUUGCUGCCCACAAUACUGUUUUCAUCAAAUCUCUUUUUUUGUUGUUUUUUGAGACAGGGUCUCACUGAAGUGCAGGUGUUUUUCUUAAUGUAUGUUAAAAUGUAUUUAUUUUUGCAGUACUGGGGAUUGAGCCCAGGACCGUGGACAUGCUAGGCAAGUGCUCUUCCAUUGAGCCACAUCCCUGGCUCCUGUUUUUUUAACUUCCCUGAUUAUGCCACCUACACACACACUGUCCUGUGGGCCACACACACACACCUCUGCAUGUGUGCACUAGCAGCCUAUGUCCCAUUGGGAAAUACUGGGUUAGUUAGUACAGUUUUCUAGGGGAGAGUGAUGAAGGUCUGAACCAAAACAGUGGUAGGGAAGUACACCAAAGAUGGGCACUUCAAGUGACUGGAUUUGAGACUGGGAAGAUGUUUGUGUUACAGAUGUGGGGAGGUCACUUGACCCAUGGUGUUGGGCAGCCUUAGCGUAGCCUACCCCAGGUUCUUCCAUUUACCUUGCCUUGGUCAGAUCCCUGCUCUUGGAAUUGUUCUGUCAUUAAUUGGACAUGACUAAAAAGAACAUUUGGACCCAGUGGGUUCUCUGCCUUGUUCUGUUAUUAUCAGGAAACCUAGAACUUCAAUGAGGUAAUACUGUAUCAUUAGAGACAGCAGAGUUAGAAACCAAGUUAAAGUUGAGAAAGCAGCCACACUGGUCUUUGCAACCUUGUGCAAUUUUUAGGGAAGCCUACGUUCCAGGAUUUAUUUAGUCAGGCAGUAAAAUGCUCCCACUCCUCUCUGCUAUUUUUUUUUUUUUUGGUACCAGGGAUCGAUCUCAGGACCUUGCACUUGUGAAGCAGGUGGUGAAACCACUGAGCCAAAAUUCCCAGCCCCUCCUCUCUGCCUUUUUAUUGCUUCCCUAAAUGAAAAAAAGCCCUCAUUGACCAGCCUGUUUUAGCCCUGAUAGUGUCCUUCUUUCCCAAGACAGAGUGGUAAUCACACAGACUAACUUGGACAUAGGUGAGAGGGGCGCAGAAUGAAGCAUCAGGGUUGAGAGCUGAGAGUCCCAGGUCUGAACGCCCUGGAAAGAGGACAGCCCAGCCCCAAGCCUUUCAGAGCUCGUAGAUUCCAUUGGGUCUCUCAGUGGUGGCCUUAGGUCGUUUAGGGGUAGGAUAGUUCUUGGUCUUACAGAACAACCCUGCAUAUUGCUGUCCCUUGGUUAAUAAAUAUUUAUAGAGCUUUUGACAGUCAAGAUCUCCCUGUAUAACUGGACACAGUGGUGCCCAGUGAGUGGUGCAGGCCUGUAAUCCCAGCUGCCCAGGAGGCUGAGGCAGGAGGAGUGCAAGCUCUAGGCCAGCCUAGGUAACUUGGCAAGACCCUGUCUUAAAAUUUUAAAAAAGGUGGGCCGGGGAUUUAGCUCAGUGCACCGCGCCUGCCUCAUAAGCGCAAGGCCCUGAGUUCGAUCCCGGGUACCUACCAAAAAAAUUUAUUUAUUAAAAAGGCUUAGGGAUGUAGCUCUGUGAAAGUGUGAGGGCCUAGAUUUGGUCCCCAACACUGAAAAGGUGGGGUGGGGACACUGGUUUAGCCAGGUUGAGUGCACCUGUAGUGCCUGCUACUUAGGAGGCUGAGUUGGAGGCUUAAGAGGUGGGGCCAGCUUGGACAACAAUGGAUUCUGUCUCUUUAUAAAACAAAUACCAUCACUAGGGAGGCUGAGGCAGAGGAGGGUGAAAUUCUUUUUUUUUUUUUGGUACCAGGGAUCGAACUUUGGUCCUUGCACUUGCACAGCAGGCGGUGAAACCACUGCGCUAAAUCUCCGGCCCCGAGGAGGGUAAAUUCUAGGCCAGUCUAGGUUACAUAGCCAGACCUUGUCUCAAAACAAAAACAAAACAAAGCCAUUGAGUUAAUGGGAAGUGUAAUUUCAAAAGUUAGUCCUAGGGGCAGGGAUGGGGCUCACUGGUUGAAUGCCCAAAAAAGUUUGUCCUGAUUUCUACUCUUGAGUACAGCUAAGAUGGGUGGGGGAGUGCCCACCUGUGAUCCUUGAACUUGGAGCCUGAGGCAGGAUCACUGUGAGCACAAGGCCAGCCUGGGCUACAUAGCAAGACCUUGUCUUGAAGAUUACAGGUGUUACAUUUGAACAUUCUCUCCCAGGCUGUUUUUAUUUACUUAUUUAUUUAUUUGGCAUGGGGAUGGAACUCGGGACCUUGAGCUUGUGAGGCAGGCAGCAGCACCACUGAGCCACAUCUCGGCCCCAGGUUUUUAUAUACACGCUUUCUGGGUUUGGUUGGUUUGUGGUUUUGCAGCACUGGGGAGCUGGGGAUUGGACCUAGGGCCUUCGCGGUGAACCGUGCCCCAGCCCUUUUCUCUCAGUUUGAGGCAAGACCUUGUCAAACUGCCCAGGCUGGGCUCACACUUGUGCUCUUCUUGCCUCCGCCUCCCAGAGUGCUGGGAUUCCAGGGUGGACCUCUACACCCAGCUGUGGUUGCUGUUUUGAUUUUAUGCAUGAAGCAACAAGUAUUGUUGGCACCUUAAUGGCUCCCAGCUUUGUGGUGUUACUAGGAGAAACCCCAGUUUGGAGCAGUGCCCACAGAUGUAGCUGGUUUUAGGACAGAAAUGUAUCUUUUUCGUGUUGAGUUUCUGAGACCAUUUUGAGACCAAGCUAUUGAGACAAGAAAAUUUUAUUUACUUAUUUAUUUAUUUAGUACUGGGGAUCGAACUCGGGUCCUUGCACUUGUGCAGCAGGCGGUGAAACCACUGCGCUAAAUCCCCGGCCCCAAGAAAAUUUUAUUUUUUAACUUCAGACACUGCUACUAGGAGUGGACCCAGAAAUGAGUUUGGCUUUCUUGUCCCAGACCCUGUCAUCCCUGUGCUGCUGAGAUGGGUCUGAGUUCCCUGGACCUCACUUAACCCUAACAGUGUACUCCCGGCAGAAAACCCAGGUGAAGCCAGGGGAGUGGAGCACUAAACUGCUUGUAUUGGGAUAUGAGAAAAAGCUUAACGGUAGCUUAAAUAAAUAUGGGACUUAUAUUG